AUGUUCGUGCAAGCACCGCAGUUGUUGGUCCAACAAAGGUCCGAAAAUUCGGAGAAAAACAGCGACGAGGAGAGCACCGGCGAUGUCCUUCAGAAACGCCGAGAAGAAUGCGAACGAAAGGCAAGACGAGGGGAAAUGGAUCCCCGACUAGAAUUCGCUUUCCAGCUCCUAAUGGACGCGACGCAAUUGUCACGUCACGAGGUCAUGGAUCACGUCUUCGAGGGGGACAUGCUCGACGAAAUCAAUCAAUUGUUCCUACCCCAUAUGAGGUCAACCCUGGUCUGGUAUUAUCAGGAGGUAGAGGAACCGGAAGCUCUACGACCUCCAGAAACGACAAAAGUUUCAAGUACGAGGUCAGGUCCAAACGCGCCAACGCCAAAGGUAAAGGAGAUCAAAGAGACGAAGGAGCCAGCGAAGAAAAAACUUUUUCUGACUGAUGGGUGGCAAGUUCCCUGCACUGGAAUAUGCAUCUACAUGUUUAGGAUUAGUGUCACGAAACAAUUGCCCGAAGAAGGCUUUCAGAAGGAUCUUUACACCGGUAUGAUCGACACGAUGAAAGUGGGAAUAAUAACAGCGAUACAACGUGUCGUUGAACACGUCUUCAUGGACGCACUCGCGCACCCUGGGUCCGAAGGAGAAGACGACUGUCCAAUGAUCAAGAGCCUUCUGUUACCUGGUUUAAGAUCUUUCUGCAGCGCUUUGAAAGUGUGUGAACAGGUGGCCCACGAGGGACGAAUAUUCGAAGACGACGAAAUGCUAAUGGGAGGGGUGCGCAAUUUUGAGGACGCGAAAACAUUUGUGUCAAAGGCGAACGCUGUGAAUAUCGUGGAGAACAGGGUGGAAAGCUGGAUCAAAAGUCUGAAGGACUUCAUGGCGGAAAGUAAGCAGGUGAAACGGGAGAAUGACAAUUCUGGGCCGCAACAAGAGCUCGAGUACUGGAAACGGAGAGGAGCGCAAUUCAGUCAGCUCGUCAAUAAACUUCAGGAUCAUGAAAUACAAAUGUCACUAUUGUGCCUGCAAGUCGCGCGCUCGAAAUUGAUAAAGGAUUGGGUGGACGCCGAAGAUGAAGUCAUCUACUGUUACAAUGAAGCCAAGGACAACGCGAAGUUCAUCCAGGCUUUGGAGAAGUGCUGUCAUUGUUUGUACCUGGAUGACCCGGUAAAAAUGAGGGACUCCCUAGUGUCAUUGUUACAAACAGUUCGCUUGAUAUACAGUGUCUCGAGAUACUACAACACCUCCGAACGCACCAGCUCAUUAAUGAUGAAGAUCACCAACCAAAUGAUUGUGGCCUGCAGGGACUACGUCACCAAUCGAGGCCGCGAAACUGUAUGGGGUCAAGAUCGAGCGGCAGUGCGAUCCAAGCUAAAGCAUUGCUUGAGACUAAACAAGGCUUACAGGGAGACCUAUAGGUUAAUUCGAUGCUCGCCUGCUGUAACCGAACAAGAAUUCUCGUUCUCAGAAACCCACGUAUUUGGACGGUUCGACUCAUUUUGCGACAGAAUCAGGAAGAUUUUAAACAUGUUCGAGCUGAUACAGGACUACCAAUAUCUCUUUGAAAGACGAAUGGAGGGCCUGCUAUUAGGAGAGGCAUUGGACGACGCGAUAAGAAUAUUCGAAGAAGCAGAAAAAAUUGCUACUACCAGACCCUAUGAUUACUUGGACGCAAGAAACACAGAGUUUGAUAUCGAUUAUGAUGACUUCAUGGCAAAAACAGAUGACCUGAAACAGAACAUCGGAAACAUUAUUGAGAAGAACUACGCUGACGUUUGGGAAACGCCUCAGGGUAUACGAUUCCUAACACGAUUUGAAAAAGUAAGCGAAAAGAUACCACUGACCAAACUUGACGAAAAAUACAAUAUCGUGGUAAAGUAUUGCGACCGAGAAAUUGACAGAAUACUGAAAUUAUUUAAAAAGCAACGGGAUGAUCCACCGUUACCUAGACACAUGCCAGCUAUCGCUGGAAGAUUGACAUGGGAUAAUUCGCUCAAAGUUCAUCUCGACGAACUGGCGGCAUCAGUUUUCAGUCAUCCCGUGCUGAAAACUCUCCCGUUGACAGUGGAAUUAGAGAAACGAUACAACCACGCUCUCAGUGUCCUGAACCAGUACAAGUCAGAUAUCGCUGAAGUCUGGACACAUCAAAAUUGCUGGGUGAUCGAGGAUUCCCUGAAACGAUCUUUGCUGGUGGUAGACGAAGAAACGGACAAAAUUAAAGUGAACCUGGACGGACGCGUUGCCCUUUUGCUUCGCGAGGCUGACUGUUUGGCCAAAUUGAACCUGGAAAUUCCGAUCGUCGCGCUGACGCUUCUGGCGAAGAAGUCUCACUUCACCUUGAUCACGGACUCCCUUCAGUUGAUGAUCGACAAGUUCGUUUCUACGGCAAAACGCGUAAAACUGGAAGUCAGGCCACUUUUGUUGCCGCAUUUGGUUCGUGUCGCGUCUCUUUUGGAACCUGGGAUAGUUUCUCUGACCUGGACCAAUCCAGGAUGGAGGAACUUUUAUCAGAACACAAAGCAACAGAUCGAGGAGUUUGAUAUUCUUAUCACGAGAGUUCAUGAUGUGUACGAUAACAGAAUUCUGGAAGUGCUGACAAGUAUGCAAAAAAUCACCUUACAUUCACUGCCGGAGUCCGAUCAGGCUUGGACGAUAGAGAAGUUCGUGGAGAAAACGGAAGAAAUAUGCAGACUCGCAGCGGUAGAUUUAUAUCGUAAAAGUAUGAUGGUGGAAGAGGCAGUAGAGGAAGUACUCGGUCUCGUUAAGAACGCCGCUGAGAACUUCAAAAGCGCCGCUAAUUCUAGUCACUUCGAUUUUUUCAACAACGAAGAAACUGAAGAAGAUGCAGACCAAACAAUUCAACAAGACUGGUCUUUGGUUUGGAAUUUCUUCGACGACCCUCAUCAAUUGUUGAUAACACCCGGUAGUUUGCCGAAGGGAAUGCAAGAGAUGGUGCGAAACGCUGUGUCAGAGAUGAGAAGAUAUUACUCCAGGAAAGUCGUAGAUGUACUGAUAAAGGUCACCAGGACCUCGUUAGAUGCUAUCAGGAAGCGUUUUAUUCGGGAUAUCGAUCUAGAACAGACACCAAGCCCAAUAUUCCUACUACACGCAACCCUGAUGAUACCAGUAGUCACUGUGAAGCCUAGUUUAGACGACGUCCAAGAGGUCCUAACAUUAGUUGGAAAAACGAUUGGUGGCGUCGCAAAAGGAGUUUCGCAAUGGAAUUCGAGAGUCAAUAAGAAUUCUUGGGGACACGCUUAUCCAAGGAGCUUCGCGGAUAUAGUAAUGCGAGCUCAGUUGCACGUUGCAAAGAAAAGACAAGAGGAGCCUGAGGAUCCAAAAAUCAGAAGGCGACGACUAUACAAAAUUAUCUCCGAAGAAAGACCAAUUUUCCCCGUUCAAGAACAAAAUUUCUACGAGAUGGUGAUGGAUAAUAAAGAAAUAAUAAAACUGUUGUCCAUACUGAACACGUGCAUGAUGGAGUUCAAACAAAAUCUCGCAGAAUUUAUUGAUCGAUGGAAGCCUUACAAAUUUCUUUGGAAAAACGAACGAAGCGUGCGGGAAUUGUUACAAAUUUCCUUGCCGGAAUUCGAAGCCACACUUCGAAAACACAGUGAACUUGAAGAUCUUCUGGCGACUGAGCCGGAUAUGAUUAUUUUCGGCACCUCUAUUGCCAUAUCUACUGAGAAACUGAAAUAUGGAUUAUACACAGAAAUCAAAACGUGCACUCACAAAAUUGGCCAAGCGAUGAAGAAGAAAUAUCGACGUGAAAUGGAAUACGUCUACGCCCUGAUGAACGAAAUGGAACGGAAACUGGACCGUCAGAUUCGGGACCUAGACGAUGUUCGACUAAUCAUGGACACCCUGAAAAAGGUUCGCGAGCAAGAAGUGGACAUGGAGCUGAAAAUAGAUCCAAUUGAAGAAGCUUUUAACAUAGUGACCAGAUACGAAGUGCCAGUGGACCAAGAAUGUCUAGAACAGGUAGACAACUUGAGGUACACAUGGCAGCAGCUGCUCAUGCGAGCACAGAACAGUCACGUGUUGCUGUUGAGACUGCAACCUCAGUUCGAAGAGGACCUCCGGAACAAUCUGGAAAAGUUCCGACUCGACAACGAGAUGUACUGCGAGGAAUACAGGUCCUCGGGGCCGAUGCAACCGGGCCUGAGUCCCCGAGAAGCGUCCGAUAGACAGAUUCUAUUCCAGAAUCGAUUUGACGGUAUGUGGAGGAAACUACAGACGUACCAAAGCGGCGAAGAACUUUUCGGUCUGCCAAUCACGGAUUAUCCGGAACUGUCACAGAUCAGGAAGGAGCUAAAUCUCCUGCAGAAGUUGUACAAACUGUACAAUGAUGUCAUUGACAGAGUCAACAGCUACUAUGAUAUCCCUUGGGGCGAGGUGAAUAUCGAGGACAUAAACAACGAGCUAAUGGAAUUCCAAAACCGUUGCCGCAAACUGCCAAAGGGCCUGAAAGAGUGGCCAGCGUUCUUUGCCCUGAAAAAGACCAUCGACGAUUUCAACGAUAUGUGCCCCCUCCUCGAAUUAAUGGCGAACAAAGCGAUGAAGCCGCGGCAUUGGCACAGGAUCGUGGAGAUGACAGGCUACACGUUCGACCUGGAAAGCGAGAGCUUCUGCCUGAAGAACAUUCUCGAAGCGCCAUUGUUGAAGUACAAGGAGGACAUCGAGGACAUCUGCAUCUCGGCGAUGAAGGAAAAGGACAUCGAGGCGAAGUUACGUACGGUCGUGAACGAAUGGUCGUCCCACGAGCUGACGUUUAUGACGUUCAACAACAGAGGGGAAUUGUUGCUAAGAGGUGACACCACCGCCGAGACGAUAGGUCAACUGGAGGACAGCCUGAUGGUACUUGGCUCGUUGAUGUCGAACAGAUACAACGCGCCAUUCCGGAAACAGAUACAACAGUGGCUCACGGAUCUGACAAACACGAACGAAAUCUUGGAAAGAUGGUUACUGGUCCAGAAUAUGUGGGUAUACCUCGAGGCGGUGUUCGUUGGUGGUGACAUAGCGAAACAGCUGCCGAAAGAAGCGAAGAGAUUCAGUAAGAUUGAUAAGAGCUGGCAGAAGAUCAUGCAAAGGGCUCACGAGACACCUGGGGUCGUACCUUGCUGCGUGGGGGAUGAUUUGUUGAAGCAACUGUUACCGCAUUUGCAGGAGCAACUGGAAUUGUGCCAGAAAUCUCUGAGUGGAUAUUUGGAAAAAAAGCGGAUGAUGUUCCCAAGAUUCUUCUUCGUAUCUGAUCCCGCUUUACUGGAGAUUCUUGGACAAGCGUCUGAUUCCCAUACGAUACAGAAUCACUUACUUUCGAUAUUCGACAACACGCGUUAUGUUAAAUUUCACGAUAUCGAAUAUAACAAGAUGACCGCCAUUAUAUCAUCUGAAGGUGAAACUAUUUUGCUCGAGAAGGCAGUAAGAGCUGAAGGUUCGGUGGAAGCAUGGUUGACACAGCUUUUGCAAACGUCCCAGCAAUCAUUGCACUCGAUAAUUCGGCAAUGUUAUUCCAUGAUCAACGAUGCAAAUUUUAAUUUCCUUGGUUUUCUGGACAAAAUGCCCGCUCAGAUCGGUUUGCUUGGAAUACAAAUGAUUUGGACCAGGGAUAGCGAAUUGGCUCUGGCUCAAGCUCGCGCCGAUAAAAAAAUUAUGGGGGAAACGAACAACCGAUUCCUUGAUUUACUCAACACGUUGAUCGAUCAGACCACCAGGGAUCUAUCGAAAAUCGAGAGGACAAAGUUUGAAACUCUGAUCACUAUUCACGUGCAUCAGCGUGAUAUCUUCGACAUAUUGUGCCGUUUGAACAUCCGAUCAGUGAACGAUUUCGAAUGGCUGAAGCAAUGCAGAUUCUACUUCAAAGAGGAUCUCGACAAAACAUCAAUAUGCAUAACAGACGUGAAUUUCACGUACCAGAAUGAGUAUCUAGGCUGUACAGAACGACUCGUCAUUACUCCGUUAACCGACAGAUGUUAUAUAACACUGACCCAAGCAUUGUCGAUGUCAAUGGGCGGUUCACCCUGUGGACCAGCUGGAACUGGAAAAACAGAGACUGUCAAGGAUAUGGGGAAAACUUUGGCCAAAUACGUAGUGGUUUUCAACUGUUCCGACCAAAUGGAUUACAGAGGAUUGGGACGAAUCUAUAAAGGUCUGGCGCAAAGUGGUUCUUGGGGUUGCUUCGAUGAAUUCAAUAGAAUCGAACUACCGGUUCUCUCCGUCGCUGCUCAACAAGUUGCUGUUGUUCUUGCCGCGAAGAAAGAAAAGAAGAAGCAGUUUCUCUUUACCGACGGUGAUCUGAUUGAGAUGUGUCCUGAGCUUGGAAUAUUCAUAACUAUGAAUCCUGGAUACGCUGGCAGGAAGGAGCUUCCAGAAAAUCUGAAAAUUCAAUUCCGUACCGUCGCCAUGAUGGUGCCCGACAGACAGAUCAUCAUUCGAGUGAAAUUAGCGAGCUGCGGUUUCCUGGAAAAUAUCACGCUAGCCCGAAAGUUUUACACGUUGUACAAACUAUGCGAGGAACAACUUACCAAACAGGUCCAUUACGAUUUCGGUCUAAGAAACAUACUAUCAGUGCUGAGAACUCUGGGGGCAUCAAAGAGAGUGAAUUCAAAAGACUCUGAAAGCACGAUUGUGAUGCGGGUGUUGAGGGACAUGAAUCUGUCGAAACUCAUAGAUGAGGACGAACCAUUGUUCAUCUCCUUAGUAGCGGAUCUAUUUCCUAAUCAAGCUCUAGAGAAGACAUCGUACCCAGAAUUGGAAGCUGCUAUCAACCAACAAGUCGAAGAAGCUGGAUUAAUCUAUCAUCCGCCUUGGGUACUGAAAUUAAUACAACUGUACGAAACUCAGAGAGUUAGACACGGAAUUAUGACACUCGGCCCAACUGGCGCUGGGAAAACAACGUGUAUACAGAUUCUGAUGAAAGCUUUAACGCAGUGUGGCGAUUUUCACAGAGAAAUGAGGAUGAACCCGAAAAGCAUAACAGCUGCUCAAAUGUUUGGUCGUCUGGACGUAGCAACGAAUGACUGGACCGACGGAAUAUUUUCAGCGCUGUGGCGUAAAACGUUGAAAUUAAAAGAGGGGGAGCAUGUAUGGAUGGUCUUGGACGGACCAGUUGACAGUAUUUGGAUCGAGAACUUGAAUUCCGUAUUGGACGACAAUAAAACGCUGACUCUAGCGAACGGUGAUCGUUUGUCGAUGGCUCCCGCUUGUAAAAUCAUCUUCGAACCACAUAACAUUGACAACGCGAGUCCAGCUACGGUGUCCCGUAACGGCAUGGUGUACAUGAGCUCCUCUGGUUUGGACUGGAAUCCGGUAGUGACCGCCUGGUUGAAGACAAGGACACCUUCGGAACAAGAAAUAUUUGAAGAAUGCUUUACAAAUUCAUUUGCGCAGAUUUAUACAUGGAGUACUCAAAUUCUGACAUUAACCAUCGACGUCCUUCAAAGCAAUAUAAUACGACAGAUGUUGUGCCUUCUGGAGGGUUUAGUUCCAGCUGAAAGUGUCGAUGAAAAGGAGGAGGAAGACGAAGAAACGGAAGAAGAGAAACGUCAACCGAUGACGGCGGAUCACUUGAAGCGUCUGUAUGUUUUUACUUUGGUAUGGAGUAUAGGUGCUCUCCUAGAAACACCUGACAGAAGGAAAUACGACUCGUAUCUACGUGAAAACUUUGGCAGCUUAGAUUUACCGACAUCUGAAAAUUACCCUGACGCGAAGAUAUUCGACUUCUAUGUAACCGAAAAGGGCAAAUGGGACACGUGGACCAGCUUGGUCACCAACUACGUUUACCCGGAUUAUUCUGCACCAGACUACAGCAACGUGUUGGUGCCUAUUCCUGAUAAUGUCAGAAUACAGUAUUUAAUUGAUUUAAUUGGUCGGCAAGAUAAGGCUGUUCUACUGAUAGGCGAGCAAGGCUCGGCUAAGACAGUCAUGAUGAAGUCUUACAUGAAAAAAGCUAAUCCGGAAACGACGUUAAGUCGUUCUUUUAAUUUUAGUUCAGCUACAAGCCCAUAUCAGUUUCAAAAGACUAUUGAGAGUUAUGUAGAGAAACGUUUAGGAAACACGUUUGGACCAUCAGGAGGCAGGAAAAUGAUGAUCUUCAUCGAUGAUGUUAACUUGCCGCAGAUAAACGAAUGGGGCGACCAAGUGACCAACGAAAUCGUACGUCAGACAAUGGACAUGAAGGGAUUUUACUCGCUCGAGAAACCUGGAGACUUUACUAGUAUAAUCGACGUCACGUUUUUCGCUGCAAUGUGCCAACCUGGCGGAGGAAGAAACGACAUUCCAUCGAGACUGAAGAGACAGUUUUGCAUCUUCAAUUGCACGUUGCCUAACGAAGCGUCGAUCGAUCGAAUCUUCAGUGUGCUUGGGGAAGGGCACUACAACAUGAAGAGAGGAUUUUCGUCGGAAGUUAGAAAUCUUGUGAAGAAGAUGGUGCCUUUGACCAGAAUACUUUGGGAACGAACCAGGGCCAAUCUAUUGCCAACACCGGCGAAGUUUCAUUAUGUGUUCAGUCUUCGAGACCUAUCAAGAAUAUGGCAAGGCAUGGUUGGCACGUUGUCAACUGUCGUUGACAAAGACAGUGUACUGAUGUUGCUGUGGAAACACGAAUGUAGUCGGGUUUUCAGUGAUAGGUUCACGAUACAGGCUGACAAAAAGUGGUUCGAGGAAGAAAUAGUCAGAAUCACAAACGAAAGGCUAGGAGAAAAAUAUGUGAACAUGAUGGAUCAGAGUCCUGUGUUUGUAGAUUUUAUGAGGGAUGCUCCAGAACCUACUGGCGAAGAAGGCGAAGAUGCCGACGUGGAAUUGCCAAAAGUAUACGAACCAGUUUACGAUGACCAAGUUCUCAGAGACAGAUUGGAAAUGUUUCUGUCGCAGUUUAACGAAAUGCAAAGAGGGUCUGGCAUGGACUUGGUCUUCUUUCCGGACGCCAUGCUACAUAUAGUCAAAAUAUCACGGGUCAUCAGGCACCCCAAGGGAAACGUGAUGCUCGUAGGGGUUGGAGGAUCGGGCAAACAAAGUCUCACGAAGUUAUCCUCUUUUAUCGCCGGAUAUAAAACUUACCAAAUAACUUUAACAAGAUCAUACAACGUGGCAAAUUUCCUAGAAGAUCUCAGAUACCUUUAUCGAACAUGCGGAGCUCAGGGUAAAGGAACAACGUUCAUAUUCACCGAUCUGGAUAUCAAGGAAGAAGGUUUUUUGGAGUAUUUGAACAAUAUUCUCAGCUCCGGUGUCAUUAGUAACUUAUUCACGCGCGACGAACAGCAAGAAAUAAUUUCAGAAUUGAUGCCUAUUCUGAAACGCGAGAACCCGAAACGGUCGAUCAAUAACGAGCUUGUAAUGGACUUCUUCCUUCACAGAACAUGCCAGAACCUCCACGUAGUAUUCUGCUUCUCUCCUGUUGGGGAGAAAUUCAAAAUACGUGCCCAACGUUUCCCAGCCCUGAUAUCAGGAUGCACGAUCGACUGGUUCCAGCCAUGGCCCAAAGACGCACUGAUAUUAGUCGCAAAACACUUUUUACAUGACUUCGACAUCGCUUGCACCAACGAGGUUAAAGCUGAACUGGUCAACGCGCUGGGUUCUAUACAAGACUUUGUUUCCGUGAAUUCUGCAGAGUAUUUCCAAAGGUUCCGCAGAGCUACCCACGUCACUCCAAAAUCAUACUUGAACUUCAUCGGUGGCUACAAGAAUAUUUAUCAUAGCAAGCAACACGAACUCGGAGAGGGAGCCAAGAGAAUGGACACUGGCUUAGCCAAACUGGAAGAAGCUUCGAUAUCGGUCGAAAUUUUGAAGAGAGACCUUGCUGUGAUGGAACAGGAUCUUGUUCAAGCUUCCGAAAAGGCAGAAACAGUUCUCUUGGAGGUGACCGAAAGAGCAAUGCAAGCGGAGGCAUUUAAGAAUCAAGUACAAAAAGUGAAAGAGAAAGCUGAGCAAUUGGUCGCCUGCAUAGCCGAAGAGAAAGCUCUCGCUGAACAGAAGCUGGAGGCUGCUAAGCCAGCGUUAGAAGAAGCAGAGGCUGCGCUGAAUACGAUUAAACCUGCUCACAUAGCUACAGUCAGAAAACUAGGUAGACCUCCCCAUUUAAUCAUGAGAAUCAUGGAUUGUGUGUUGAUACUGUUUCAACGUAAGAUUGGUUCAGUCGUUCCUGACAGCACUGCCCCCUGUCCAAAACCGUCUUGGGCUGAAUCCUUAAAAUUAAUGGCCAGUACGACGUUCCUCCUCCAGUUGCAGAAUUACCCGAAAGACAUAAUUAACAAUGAGAUGGUGGAGUUGUUACAACCUUAUUUCAAGAUGGAGGAUUAUAACAUGGAAACAGCUAGACGAGUUUGCGGUGACGUAGCCGGCUUAUUGUCCUGGACUAAGGCUAUGGCGUUCUUUCACUCCGUCAACAAAGAGGUUCUCCCGUUAAAAGCUAACUUAGCUUUACAGGAAGCUAGACUUAUAGUAGCAAUGGAGGACCUAGCGAAUGCCGAGAGAGAAUUAUCAGAAAGAGAAAUGGCUCUGCAAGCUGUCAAAGAACAGUACGAUUCAGCCGUGUCAGAAAAACAGAGAUUAACAGACGCUGCUAAUGUAUGUAUCAGAAAAAUGACGGCUGCCACUGCGCUAAUAAAUGGACUGGGAGGCGAGAAGAUACGCUGGACUGAACAGAGCAGCGAAUUCAAAGUUCAACUAGGACGACUAGUCGGUGAUGUUUUAUUAGCCACAGGCUUCUUAUCGUAUUGUGGGCCGUAUAAUCAGCAGUACAGAGCCAGUUUGGUGUCUUCUUGGAUGAACAUAUUAGCAACUAAGUCGAUUCCCUUCACCAAGAAUCUUAAUAUUAUCAACAUGCUUGUCGAUAGUGCAACCAUGUCGGAGUGGACACUUCAAGGUCUGCCAAACGAUGAAUUGUCUGUACAGAAUGCCCUCAUUGUAACCAAAUCUUCGUCGUAUCCUCUAUUGAUCGAUCCUCAGAAUCAGGGAAAAAUGUGGAUCAAGAAUAAAGAGUGCAUGAACGAAUUACAGAUAACAUCUCUGAAUCACAAAUACUUCAGGACUCAUCUCGAAGACAGUCUAUCUCUAGGUAGGCCGUUGCUGAUAGAGGAUAUAGCAGAAGAGCUGGACCCAGUUCUCGAUAAUGUGCUCGAGAAAAAUUUCAUUAAAUCUGGUUCCAUCGAGAAAGUGAUCGUCGGUGACAAGGAGUGCGACGUGAUGCCUGGUUUUAUGUUGUACAUCACCACAAAAUUACCAAAUCCAGCUUACAGUCCGGAAAUAUCAGCAAAGACUUCGAUAAUUGACUUCACCGUUACUAUGCAGGGAUUAGAAGAUCAGUUAUUAGGUAGAGUGAUCCUGAUGGAAAAGGCAGACUUGGAAGCCGAACGAGUAGCUCUCUUCGAAUCUGUCAUGACGAAUCAACGAUCUAUGAAAGAACUCGAGAGUACACUUUUACACCGACUCACGUCAUCUGAGGGCUCUCUGGUGGACGACGAAGCGCUGAUAAACGUGCUUAGGGAAACUAAAACAACGGCAGAGUCGGUGAACGAGAAGUUAAAGGUGUCUGCGCUAACGGAGAAGAAGAUCACCCUGGCUCGUGAAGAAUUUCGUGCAGUUGCCUCUAGGGGUUCCAUUCUUUAUUUUCUAAUUGUAGAGAUGAGCAACGUGAACGUAAUGUACCAGAAUUCAUUAAGACAAUUUCUGACUAUAUUCGACAAUUCCAUCACAAAAUCGACGAAGAGUCCGAUUACCAACGAACGAAUAAAUAUAAUCCUCCGUCAUCUGACCUACGAAGUGUGGGCUUUCACUCUGAGAAGCCUGUACGAAAGGCACAAAUCGUUGUUCACGUUAAUGUUAGCGAUGAAAAUCGACUGUCACAGAAGUGUGAUAUCUCAUGCUGAGUUUAAUGCGUUCAUAAAAGGAGGCGCGUCGUUAGAUUUAAACGCUGUCGCUCCGAAGCCAUUCAAAUGGAUCCUCGAUAUAACCUGGUUGAACCUGGUGGAGAUCAGCAAACUGGAGAUUUUCUCGGAUGUUCUGACGAAGAUUGAAUUCAACGAGAAGGACUGGAGGGUGUGGUACGAGAAAGAGAAACCCGAGGAAGAAGAAUUACCUUGUGGAUAUCAGAAGAAACUGGACGUAUUCAGAAAGUUGCUUCUGAGUCCGAACAGAACCGUGUCUCAGGCAAGGAAGUAUGUACUCGAGUCAUUGGGGAAAGAGUACGGGGAGGCAAAGAUUUUAGAUCUGGAGGCUACUUGGUUGGAAUCUGAAAUUAGAACCCCACUUAUAUGCAUACUCUCGAUUGGAUCUGACCCUAGUCCGCAGAUAACAGUGUUGGCAAAACAGAAAUCUAUUCAACUGAGGUCGGUAUCCAUGGGCCAAGGUCAAGAGUUUCACGCUCGUAGGUUGAUCUCAGACGCGAUGACCACUGGUGGUUGGGUGCUACUGCAGAAUAUUCACUUGUCGCUUCCGUUCUGCACGGAAGUCAUGGACGCUCUCGUUGAAACAGAAACAGUCCACGAGAUGUUCAGACUUUGGAUGACCACCGAAGUGCAUGCACAAUUUCCUAUUGGUUUAUUACAGAUGGCAAUUAAAUUUACAAACGAACCACCUCAAGGUAUCAGAGCCAGUUUAAAGAGAACGUAUCAAGGUGUGACACAAGACACAUUGGAUUACAGUACGCAAUCACAAUGGCCGCCUUUGCUGUACGCUGUAGCAUUUUUACAUACAGUCGUGCAAGAACGCAGGAAAUUUGGGCCUCUUGGCUGGAAUAUACCGUAUGAAUUUAAUCAGGCUGACUUUGCAGCCUCCGUUCAAUUUAUACAGAAUCAUUUGGACGAUAUGGAUCCAAAAAGAGGGGUGUCAUGGCCGACCGUUUGCUACAUGCUUGGAGAGGUGCAAUAUGGAGGCAGAGUCACCGACGAUUUUGACAAACGGCUACUGACCACAUUUACGCACGUCUGGUUCUGCGACGUAUUGCUCCGGCCUGGUUUCGAAUUUUACCGUAGAUACAAGGUACCGCAAACCCGAAAUCUUCAAGGAUAUUUGGAUUACAUCGACGGUAUGCCAGCCACGGACACCCCAGAAGUGUUCGGGCUGCAUCCAAACGCGGAUAUCACCUAUCAAAUAAAUACAGCGAAAGGAAUACUCGACACGAUUUUGAGCGUGCAACCAAAAGAAGGUGGUACACAAGGCGGUGAAACCAGAGAGAACGUUGUUUACAAAUUAGCCAGCGACAUGUUGGCCAAAUUGCCGAAACAGUACAACUCUUUCGAAGUGAAAGAAGCGCUUCAACGAAUGGGAGCGUUAUUACCGAUGAACAUAUUCCUCAGACAGGAAGUCGACAGGAUUACGAGGGUAAUGAAGGAAGUGCGUACUACCUUAACGGAUCUGAAAUUGGCCAUCGAGGGUACCAUUGUGAUGAGCCAAGGCUUACGCAAAUCGCUUGACGCGAUGUACGACGCUCGUAUUCCGGAAAAAUGGCUAAAAAUAUCAUGGGAAUCGGCAACUCUAGGAUUUUGGUACACGGAACUCCUAGAACGAGAUCAUCAGUUCAGACAGUGGUGCAUUCACGGUAGGCCUAAGGUCUUCUGGAUGACCGGCUUUUUCAACCCCCAAGGAUUUCUAACUGCGAUGCGACAAGAGGUGACUCGAGCGCACAAAGGAUGGGCCCUGGAUUCGGUGGUUUUACAGAAUCUGAUUACAAGGUUCAAUAAGGAAGACAUUAAAAACCAACCCCAGGAAGGGGUGUAUGUUCAUGGUCUAUUCCUGGAAGGCGCUUCGCUUGAUCGUAAAACGGGUAAGUUGGUGGAAAGUAAACCGAAGGUCCUAUACGAGCAGAUGCCCGUGAUUUACAUUUACUCAAUAAACACAACUGCGGGCAAGGAUCCAAAGCUUUACGAGUGUCCUAUAUAUAGAAAACCGCAAAGAACGGAUACAAAGUAUGUAGGAUCGAUCGACUUCGAGACCGAUCACAAUCCUCGGCACUGGACGCUGCGAGGUGUAGCGCUUUUAUGUGACAUAAAAUAA